AUGUCGUCUGGACUAUCGUCUGAGCUGUCUUUCUCGCUUGCGUCCGUGUGUGUCCCGACGACGACCUGUGUGCCCCCGACUACCUCGGGGACUGACGGCUGGGAGUUUUGUUUUGCUCGGUGUUACUACAUACACGGCUCGCGAUCGCUCCCCCGUCGGCGUUAUUUGUUGGUACCAGUAGUGGUAUGUGUAUUGCAUGGCAAGUUGAUUCCGUGCAUCGUCAUCGUUAAUGAUGCGUUCGCUGACGCUGCUCACGUCCAGCAUUCCUCAUUGUCUAUUCGGUCAUCUGUGUCGCCCUCCUGUCUUGAUGUCUCCACCAUCACCGAUUCUAACGUAAUCAAUAUCCCAGUCCCCACCGGUACAUGGUCGACGCCUCGUUGUGAAUACGCAUCUGUUUGCUGUGCCAAACCUCCCAACCUCGCCUUCCGUAACCGUGUCCAGUAUACCGUCGUAAUGACUAUACGACGCAGUAUCGCCCGUGUGCUGUCGUGGCUACUCGCAGCUCAGACGCCCAUUGCCCCCCCCCUCCACCUCGAACCCACCGACUCCACGCCCCUCCUCGUCGCCGACCUUCUCGUCCCAGACGCCGUCGUAAUGCCCGUUCGUGGACCACCUGCCCCUCGUUCGUACGCUGGACAUCGCCAUGCCCCAAUGGUGUCGUAG